GAUAUCCAUCCAUCAUGAGCCCUCCAACAGAUUUGAAGGAAGUCGUCGAUUCCGAGAUAAAGGAAUGGCACUUCCAUAUCUACUUCCACCAGCGUAACGCGGACGAGCACCAUGCCGCGCUUGAGCUGCGCGAUGCGGUCCUACGCCUUAGAAGGGAUGGGGCUUUCAUCGCAGUUCCUCUCUUCCGAGUGAAUACAGACCCGAUCGGGCCGCAUCCUGUUGGUUCAUAUGAGAUCUGGUGCCCAUCGGAGUCAUUUGCUUCCGUCUUUUCCUAUCUGUGUAUGAACAGAGGCAACCUCAGCGUUCUCGUCCAUCCAUUGACGCGUGAUCAGAGAAAGGACCAUGAAUUCCGCAACGCGUGGAUAGGGCCCUCGUUCCCGCUGGAUCUCUCUACGCUUCCCAUCAGGUCCGACGAGAUACCUCUGCAGUACCCUAGUCUCAAGCUAGGACAUUCCUCUACGGCUCCGACUAUGUCUUUGGAGGGCCGAAAGAAGAUCGGAGUAAGGAUGGAGCAGAUCUUGAAGGGCGAGAAGGAGGCUGCGAAGGCCCCGAGUGACUGAUCGCCUCGAUUUCUGCAGCCUCGUGCCUUCUCUUCUCUCCUGAUACCUGUGCAGCUUUGACUCGAAGAGGGUGCAGAAAAAGAUUUUGCUUGUCAUAAUCGUGUAUUCCUGCUGUAUAUCUCAAAUGUAUAACAACGAAUUAGGAUUGGAUCGAUGGCACCUGUGUCCGCU